UCGGUGAUGCUACGUUGACCCAGUUUCAGCUGCAGGUCUCCGGUUGGUUUGAAUUAGCGGCGCGCGGGAGGGGAGCUCGUGCCGGAGAGAGCCGUGGUGGAGUCAGUCCUCACACACAGUCUCUCGUGCCCAGGACGCGCGCGCAGCACAAUGCUGGGAACCAAGUUUGUCCCCGCGCCAUGAAUCCCAACAACGACACCAGAACCGAGAGAACUUCAGAACAUUAUGUCUUCACGGUGGGAACCUACAAACUUCUCGCUUUCACCGUGGGGACUAUUGGAGUGUUCGGCUUUUGCAAUAACGUCGUAGUCAUAAUACUCUACUGUAAAUUCAAGAGACUCCGGACGCCCACCAAUUUGCUCCUGGUCAACAUAAGUUUGAGCGACCUGCUGGUUUCUGUCAUCGGGAUAAACUUUACCUUUGUUUCGUGCGUCAAAGGCGGAUGGAUAUGGAGCAAGGCGACGUGCAUCUGGGACGGCUUCAGCAACAGCUUAUUUGGCAUCGUUUCCAUCAUGACUUUGGCAGCCCUGGCUUAUGAGCGCUACAUCCGCGUGGUCCACGCGCAGGUGGUGGACUUCCCCUGGGCGUGGCGGGCCAUCGGUCACAUCUGGAUGUACUCGCUGGCCUGGACCGGGGCUCCUCUGCUGGGGUGGAACCGCUACACUCUAGAGAUCCACCAGCUGGGCUGCUCCCUGGACUGGGCGUCCAAGGACCCAAACGAUGCCUCCUUCAUCCUCUUCUUCCUCCUGGCAUGUUUCUUUGUGCCUGUUGGUAUCAUGAUCUACUGCUACAGCAACAUCCUCUAUACGGUACAAAUGCUGCGCUCCAUCCAAGACCUCCAGACGGUCCAGAUCAUCAAGAUCCUGCGUUACGAGAAGAAGGUGGCGGUCAUGUUUCUCCUGAUGAUAUCCUGCUUCCUGGUGUGUUGGACGCCCUACGCCGUCGUGUCCAUGAUGGAGGCCUUCGGGAGAAAGAGCAUGGUCUCUCCCACCGUGGCCAUCAUCCCCUCGUUCUUUGCCAAGUCCAGCACAGCUUACAACCCCCUCAUCUACGUGUUCAUGAGCAGAAAGUUCCGGCGCUGUUUGCUGCAGCUGCUCUGCUCACGUCACUCCUGGCUGCAGCGCAGCCUCAAAGAACGCCCCCUGGCUCGGGUCGAGCGGCCCAUCAGGCCGAUCGUCGUGUCCAGCGCGUGCGGCAGCAGGCACCGGCCCAAAAAGAGGGUGACCUUCAGCUCCUCCUCCAUCGUCUUCAUCAUCACCGGCGACGAAUUCCACCACCUGGACGUGACCUCCAGGGCCCGCGACGCCUCGCAGGUCAACGUCAUUCAAGUGAGGCCAUUGUGAUGCACAAGGACUGGACUUCUACAUCCUACCACUCAGAAUGCCUUAGGACCUAACAUGCAACUCCAAGCCAAAAUAAUCCUGUCUGACCUCCCUGGAUGUUUUCGUCCACCCACAGACUUGUUUCAGCUGUAAAUAUCUGACAACAUCUCAACAAAAACCCAAAAACCUGAGUAGAAUGAAAGUGUGACAUCCUCAUCCAACAUCAGCCGUGGUGAUAUAUUAAUGUAGUUAACAGCUAGUAAAAUGUUUCUCACACUUAAAUGUCCAGUAUGCCAUACAGAAUAUGUGACAACUGUCAGACUGUGUUGAGUAUUUAGAGGCCAGUCAUGGACAUGAGUUUGGAUCAACAUUAUUUAUUUAGUUAUUUAUUUAUUUUGGUUGGUACCCAACUGCAAAAUGGAAAAAAAAAAUGGAAAAUGGAAACUAAGCCUUAGCUUCUUAGCCAUAAACCAUAAUACACAAACUGACACUACUGUGUAUGGAUUCAAUAAAGAGAUCCUAUUUUAAGCUGCCUA